AUGCCCCGCGUUCCAUUGAUUGGUCGACUUUCUUCGAGUGAUUAUACCGCCCUCGUUCUAGGUUUUACUUUUCUGGCCUUCGAGUCUCUUUUACGUCUCGUCAUCGUUCUCUUAUUGCCAAAGCCGGUAAUUAAUUGGUUCUAUCGACGAUCCCGCGCCCUCUUCCACCACAUCCGCGGCAACAAACGGGAAAAGACCGACGAGAAGAAGGCCUGCGACCGUGUUCUCAAUGCAAGAGACUUUGGCGAACUCUGUAGUUUGUAUGGGUACACCCAUGAGGAACAUGUCGUCCUGACCAAGGAUGGCUACCUUUUGGGACUCCAUCGGCUCCCCUCCAAGAUGGGUGAAAGGAGAACCAACCCAGGGACGAGCACCGGGAAGCCCGUCGUCUAUCUUCAUCAUGGUCUUCUCAUGAACAGUGAGAUAUGGGUCUGUUUGACGGAUCCUAAACGCUCCUUGGCCUUUGCUUUGGUGGAGCGAGGAUAUGAUGUAUGGCUUGGGAACAACCGAGGAAACAAGUACUCCAAGAAAUCUAUCCACCACAGUCCCAGGUCGUCAAAGUUUUGGGAUUUCAGCAUUGACGACUUUGCUUGGCAUGAUAUUCCAGACUCAAUCACCUAUAUUCUUCAAGUCACGAAAGCCGAAAAAUUAAGCUAUAUCGGUUUCAGUCAGGGCACUGCUCAGGCUUUUGCAGCCCUUAGCAUACAUCCUCAGCUUAAUGAGAAAGUCAAUGUUUUUAUCGCUCUAGCACCUGCUAUGAGCCCCGCCGGGUUGGCAGCACCCAUUGUCGAUGGUCUUAUGAAAUCAUCGCCAACUUUAUUAUUUCUUUUCUUUGGCCGCAAAUCAAUUCUAUCCUCUGCCACAAUGUGGCAAUCCAUACUCUACCCACCUAUAUUCGCCCAAGUUAUCGACAGAUCGUUGGUCUGGUUAUUCAACUGGCACAGCCGUAAUAUCUCGACGCAGCAGAAGAUCGCCGCAUACGCCCACUUGUACUCUUUCGCGUCGGUCAAGUCGGUUGUGCAUUGGUUCCAAAUAAUGCGAAAUGGGGCGUUCCAGAUGUACGACGACGACGUCCUCUCCCCCGUCGCCCGAACUUCCGUCAGCUCUUAUCGACCGGCACGCUUCCCCACACGUAAUAUCGUCACUCCAAUCGUGCUGCUCUAUGGUGAUUCGGAUAGCUUGGUGGAUAUUGAUACGAUGCUAGCUCAACUGCCGGAACAUACUCUGGCCAGAAGGCUUCAUAGUUACGAACACUUGGACAUUCUCUGGGGCAAGCAUGUCGAUAAAGACGUUAUACCCGAGGUACUGCUUGCCCUUGAUCAGUUCACGGGAGAUCAGGAGGACAUUCUAGCAGAGAACGGGACUAUUGUAGAUGAUGCCAUCUCAAACGAACUCUAA